UUUGGUGAUAACGUGUGUCACCAGGUGGAUGUCCCGCUCUGCCAUGAGGCCGGCCGAGGGCGAUACGUCGGAUUGCAUCCUGGUGGUUGGCAUAUCGAGACCGAAGAUGGCCGCCGCGUUCCUCACGGUGGUCUUGCUCUCCCUCUUUCUCACCUUCCACAUUCUGUACGACAGCGCGGUGUACAGUCUUCACGCGGCCUCCGCGGUGGAGGGCCGCGCGGUCCAGCUGGUCUCGCAGGUGCGCGCCACGCCGCCAUUGCUCUUCUCCAGCAAGGUGCACUUCCCGCGUACCAGCCGGCAUCUACCUCAAGCGAUCAUCAUCGGGGUGCGUAAAUGCGGGACCAGGGCGCUCCUCGAGAUGCUGUUCCUUCACCCGCAGAUCCAGAAGGCCGCCGGCGAGGUGCACUUCUUCGACCGGGACGACAAUUACGGGAAAGGCCUCGAGUGGUAUCGGCGCAAGAUGCCUUAUUCCUUCAGGGGCCAGAUCACCAUCGAGAAGAGUCCCAGCUAUUUCGUCACGCCAGAGGUGGGUACUUUCGUCAUGAAAGUUACUUACAGUCUGGAUGAUCUGUGCGAGAUAUUUGAAGAUAUCGUGCCCGAGAGAAUCCGCGCGAUGAACGCGAGCGUGAAGCUGCUGCUGAUAGUGCGCGAGCCGGUGACCAGAGCGAUAUCCGACUACACUCAGCUGCGAACGCACGCGGCCACCGCCUCUACCUUGACAAACGGAACACCGCGAAGCGUCCAACAACAACCACAACAACAACAACAACAGCAACAACAGCAGCAGACAUCGCGUAGCUUCGAGGAGCUAGUGAUACGACCAGACGGCAGCAUCAACGAGUCGUACAGGCCAGUGGCCAUCUCGCUGUACCACACGUACAUGCACAGAUGGCUGGAAGUGUUCUCCAGGGAGCAGAUCCUCAUCGUGAACGGCGACCAGCUGAUCGAGGACCCGGUGCCGCAGCUGCGCAGGAUCGAGAAGUUCCUCGGGCUAGAGCCACGUAUCGGCAGGCACAACUUCUACUUCAAUCACACGAAGGGCUUCUACUGCCUGCGCAACGAGACCUCGGAGAAAUGCCUGAAGGAGAGCAAAGGCAGACGGCAUCCGCGCGUCAGCCCGCUGGUGGUCACCAAGCUGAGGAGGUUCUUCAACGAACACAACCAACGAUUCUACGAGCUGGUGGGCGAGGAUCUCGGCUGGCCUGAGGAA